UCUCGCACGGAGCUGCAGCAGCAGCAGAUCCGUGCAGGCAAACGCACCAGCACAGACUCGCGGUGACACUCAGACUCAGACAGUGACUCCUCGUCCCACCGUCUGCCUUUCGCCUCCACAGUUUCACCAGCUUCCCGUGGGACCAGCACUGCCCUCCUCCAUCCAGGAUGGAUGUACUGAUGAAGGGAUUCUCCACGGUCAAGGAAGGCGUCGUGGCUGCCGCGGAGAAGACCAAGGCGGGAGUGGAGGAGGCAGCCGCCAAGACCAAAGAGGGGGUCCUCUAUGUAGGAUCGAAGACAAAGGAAGGAGUGGUAUCAAGUGUAAAUUCAAUGGCUAACAGGGCCACUGAGCAGACUAACAUAGUGGGAGACACGGCGGUCGCAGGAGUCAACGACGUGUCCCAGAAAACGAUGGAGGGAGUGGAGAACGUGGCAGCGUCCACUGGCCUGGUUAACCCGGAUGAAGCUGUUUAUGAGAGUGACUUUUCUCAAGGAGGGGGUGCCAUGGAACAGGGGGGUGAUGAGGGAUAUUAAUCCUAUGGCUGAGGACAAGCAACACCCAGCCCCAUCUCUCAGCACCACUGUCCACCACUGAGACACAAACUUUUACCAACAUUUUUUUGUGACCGAGAAUCAGAGAGACCAUCCCAGCCCCGUAGACCCGUAACCCCGCCCACUCCCUCAUCCAGUGUUAGUAUCUCACGUAUCGUGUUGUCGUCGCUCACACACUUUGACCCCGUCGCCUUGGCAGCGGUCUCCUCACACGUACGCACGCACAAACAAACACAAACAAGCGCCCCACAGUCCAUCUCCUGUCUUAGACUGGGGGCCUAAAUGCUACAUUCCAGUCCGCAGUAGAGAGAACUGGGCGGUUCCUAUACAUCCAGUGGGGCCCCUUCUAUUCUUCAUCUUGGACGUGUACCGUUGUGCUGGACAUCUUCCUGCUUAUCUUAUUAGCAUUAGUGUGACAUUCCCUGUGCAUUUGUGCAUAUAAUUCAUACUCAUUAGCCUCAGAUAAGGUUAGUAGGUUGAGGCCCAGCUGUCUGCCACUCACACCUGGCCACCAAACACCAUACAGGUCAGUGGUUAGGGGGAGGGCCCCCUCUCCUGAGUGUGGAGGCCGUGAGAGAUUCUUCUCCCAUCUGAUGUCUUACAUCUCCUCGUCUUUUGAUGCAUCACACGGAAGAAGAUGAAGGGCUGGAGAAAAGGGCAUAGCAGCAUGUCUUCAUGGGGCAGAAAGGAAAGAGGAAUGGAUGAAGGUCAGUAGCAUAACGUGGGAGGGGGUGGGUUUUGGCUAAUGGCACAUUAUCAAGAGGAGUGUGUCAUGGAGAAGAAACAGUGGCAAGAAGAGAGGUAGAAGGGAGCACAGCCACCUGAAAUAAAUCUGCUACACCAUCAACUCUUCAGCCCUACCUCACCCGGCCCCUUCCUCAUGUGUAGUGUGAGUGAGGAGAACUGGCUUUUCUGCAACCCAUAAAUCAACGGGUUAAUUAUGCCUCAGCAGUUCGAUCCUUCACCCCACCUCCCACCAUCUAUGUUCCGUCAUAAGGGACACACGCAUGCGGCACCCCACGGCCAUGGAGAACACGCUAAACCUCACGCACAGCAACAUGCCCACACUCACACAUCCGCCGUGUGUACAUCGGCAUCCAGGCUGAUUUUAUAAACAAUACCAGUUAAUUAAAGAUAAUUUUCUUGAAACCCAGAA